ACAUCAGCAGCAUGUGCAGACUGGGACAGUCCAUUCAUCUCAGGCCCAAGAAAGAACCAUCUAAACUAGAGAUGAAGAUGAGGAUGAUGCUGAUAAUUCCAGCUCAUGUUAUAAUGCUGGUGUACCUGUCAGUAUCAGGGGCAGAGGACACUGUGAAUGUUUUAGAUGAGGUGAAAGCACUGAGAGCUGAGUUUGAAGGUUUGAAGAGCACAUGCCAAGCCAGCCAUGUGGCCUUCACUGCUGUCCUGAGACCCUCUAAUCCAGAUAAAGAUGGAUUUGGCAACACUGGGCCCUUCAGUCAGGAAACCACUCUAAUCCACAGCCGUGCUCUUACCAAUGUUGGUGAUGCAUACGACCCAGCUUCAGGUAUAUUUACUGCCCCAGUGAAAGGAGUUUAUUACUUUACCUUCACAACAUAUGCUUGGGCAAAGGAGGCUGAUAUUGGUGUGAGUCUGUACAAGAACCAUCAGCAAGUCCUGCUUGUGUGGGAAUUUCAGGACAAAGGUGACAAUGAAGAUUUCGCAUCCAAUAGUGCCACUUUGCUUCUGGAAAAGGGUGAUACAGUUUACAUGCGCUUACCCUCUGGGCUCCAGGUCACCAGCAACCAAAAUACCAAUUUAAGUACUUUCAGCGGUUUCCUCUUGUUUCCAAUGUGAAACUAUCCUAAAAAGAUUAGAGAAAAAGCUGUUUUCUCAUCUUAUUGCAUUGUGCCUUCCAAAUGUGAUAAUCAGUAAAAAUGCAGUCAGAAAGCA